AUGGCUCAUGAAUAUGAGAAUUUUGAGCAGUACCAACAAGUGUCGGAUCUUAAUGAAAUGCCACAAGAUUAUCCACAUGAAUGUGAAGUGGGACCACAUCAAACAUCAGGUAUAUCAGAUAACCAAUUGGUUCCAUUUUUGUUUGAUUUGAACAUGUCAGCACAACAAGCUAGAGUCCCCCACCAUCUCCAUUACAUCAUACGAAAACACAACAACAUCAUCAUAACUAGAAUUAACAAUGAAUUAAGGCUGAAAAUCUUGUUGUUCCUGCUCUUAAGAAAACUUAGGUACUCAGAUCACCUCAUUCAUGGGACAAUUGAGAUGGUUGUUAGAAAGUUUGAUUACACAAGGAAGACAAUUAGAGGGAUAUGGCAGAAAGCUAAGGCACAAAAGGCAGCCAUGGAUUCAUAUCUUUGUGAGAGCAAAUAUCACAACUGUGGUAGGAAGAGAAUUCAAGUAACAUAUGAAUCUAUAGCAUCAAUAGGCAUGGGGCACAGAACAAGUAUUAGAGAUCUUGCAAAGAUGCUGAAUUUGGGACCAACAACAAUUUGUAGAAUGGUGAAAAGAAAACAGAUCAAAACACAUUCAAGUCCCUUGCAUCCAGACAUUUCAGAAGAAUGCAAGAUGGCAAGGAUGAGCAUGUAUGAUUUCAUUCACAUCGAUGAGAAAUGGUUCUAUCUAGCGCAAAAAUGUCAAAGAGUCUAUUUAGCAAACAAUGAACCAUUUCCACACAGAAAGGGAAAAUCAAGAACAAAGAUUCCAAAGUUUAUGUUCAUGGCAGCAGUAGCAAGACCAAGGUGGGGAGAAAAUGGGCAGUGUGAGUUUGAUGGCAAAAUAGGUAUAUUUCCAUUCACAGAUGCAGUGGCAGCAAAGAGAAGAUCCAAAAAUGGAGUGAGGGGGACAAUUGAGACAAAAUCAAUCAAGUCAGUUAAUCAGAUUGCAACUAGGGUCAUGCUAAUCAACUACUUAAUCCCAGCCAUUAAAGAGAAAUGGUCACCAUAUGAGGGGGAAAAGCCAGCAAACAAUCCAGAUUGCAAAAUCUUGGACUUGGGGUUUUUUAGGUCAAUACAAUUACUUAUGGACAAAAAGAUGCCCAAAACAGUGGAAGAUUUAAGUGGUGGAGUGAUUGACUCAUUUAAUGAACUGCAUGCAAAGACUCUAUCUAAUGUGUGGAUGUCACUUCAAUAUGUUGGAAAUGAAAUACUGAAACACAAGGGGGACAACAACUACCAACUCCCACACAACAAGAAAAAGAUUUUAGAAGAUGACGACAAUCUGCCAGAACAAGUGAAGGCACCAUUUCAUCAUUGA